AUUUUAGUAGAGGGAGGAAUUAUCAGAACAAGGUAGAAAUAAAGCUCAUUGUUUCCUUCCCCCCUUUUUUUACAGCCCCAGAUGAGUGGAAAAAAGGCAUAAAUAGGGGGGAAAAAAAUUACUGUUGGCGGCCAUCAUUCCCUCUCUACCUCUGCCCCCAUUUAUUAUAGUUUGCUGAGUACCGUUUUUGUUUCACGAGAAGAGAAAGUAGGAGGAAGAAUGGGAAGAGGGAGAGUUGAGUUGAAGAGGAUAGAGAACAAGAUCAACAGGCAAGUGACCUUCUCCAAGAGGAGGAAUGGGUUGUUGAAGAAAGCCUACGAGCUGUCAGUGCUUUGCGAUGCUGAGGUGGCGCUUAUUAUCUUUUCGAGCCGUGGCAAGCUCUAUGAAUUCGGAAGCGCUGGAACAAGCAAAACACUUGAGCGAUUGCAGUGCUCUGUUCUCCCCACCGUUGAAUCUUUCUAUCAUAAAUCUUAUAUUUUGCAAUAUGAUAAUAACUCCGAUUCCCUGCAAGUCCAAAGUCUGAUCCUCAAUGAGCGCAUCAAGAAGGGCUGUGCACUGUUGGAGUUAAAGGGUUCAGGCUCCAUAAAUUUGAGUCCUAUUUUCAAAGUCCUCAACAUGUUUGUAGAAAUGCCUUUGUCAACAGAAAAUAGCAAAAAGCAUGAAACCUCUCAUCUUUGUUCAUUCUGUUGUAGCUUGAUUCAGGCUCAUAAAUCGGGUAAGAGCUGGUACCAAGAAGUUUCCAAGUUGAAGGCAAAAUUUGAGUCCCUGCAGCGUUCCCAAAGACAUUUACUUGGAGAGGACCUUGGUCCAUUGAGUGUGAAAGAAUUGCAACAGCUGGAACGACAACUGGAAUCUGCUCUGUCACAAGCUCGGCAAAGAAAGACACAGAUAAUGCUGGACCAGAUGGAAGAACUCCGGAAGAAGGAGCGUCAUCUUGGAGAAAUCAAUAAGCAGCUUAAAGCUAAGCUCGAAGCUGAAGGUGCAAGUUUUAGAGCCAUUCAAGGUUCAUGGGAAUCUGAAGCAGGAAUUGGCGGAAAUGCAUUUUCUAUGCAUCCUUCUCAAUCCAGUGCCAUGGACUGUGAACCCACUCUCCAGAUUGGGUAUCACCAUCUUGUUCAACCUGAAGCUGCUCUCCCAAGGAGCUCUGGCGGAGAGAACAAUUUCAUGCUUGGUUGGGUUCUUUAGAAUGGUUUUACUCAUCAAAUAAAAGACUUAAAUAUGUCUAAUAUAUGUAAGUUUAAUCAGUAUUUCCUUAUGUUUGGAUUUGGUAUCUGGUUGCUAAGGUAAACUUGGCUUGUGUUUUUGGGUCUUAUGUUAAUUUGGUGUGAAACUUAACUUGAUGUAAUUAGGCCAUGCAAAUAUAAAAACUCUUGCAAGUGCCAAGAUUCUUAGUGUUUUAUAUCUUUCUGGUGGUAACUUUGCAUUUGUUAAGUUUCACAAAUA